GCGCCGCCUGGGGCCGGGCCGGGGAGGGGCGCGCUGGGGCCCCGCCUCGUGUCUCAGCCGGGGCCGAUGCGGCUGCCCGGGGCGCACGGACUGAGCUGGGGCGACGCCCCCUGCGGGCGGGCCGCGCUUGUGCGUCGUGCUGUGGGUGGCGCGGCGCGGCGCUCCUGGCGUCUCAAACAGCUCAGGUGUCAUCUCCACUUACAAAUCAGCUGGACGCUUUCCUGACAGGCCAGGGACUGAGGGCUGGGUUACACCGUCUGCCAGCGGCCGCCAUUAGACCGAGUGAGCUGUGAUGUGUGGAGCCAUAUGCCCCAGGAAAAGUUCAUGGAGACAUUUAAAUUCACACCUGUUGGAGCUGCUCUACCCUGCAGGAUGACCCCUAAAAUUUUCAACUGGAGGUACAGAUCCCUUUCAAUGGGAUUCCCAUAUUAAGAAGUUGGUGCAGCAGAAAUGAACAAAAAGUAAUAUUCAAAGGCCUGAUUCAGCACUCCGUAUUCCUUAUGGACUAAACUCUUCCACUACCAGCAUUGCUAUUCCACUCAGAAAAGGAACUUGCCAUCAGCAAGGUCCCUGACUUUGUGCAUCCCACCCUAGGUCUGCAGUAGUGUUAGUGGAAAGGCUGAUCUAACAACUCUGUCUUUUUUAGCCCUUUUAGACUGGGUUUCAUUUGGGACACCCACUGAAGCUGGUGGGCCUACCAGAGGGAUCUGAAUGUGCAUUUCCCAUCUCCCAGUAGAAUGCCUUAGCCGCUAGGCUAUAGGCUGUCUAGGGGUUUGAGGGCAUCUAUCUCAGUUUUGCCUCUUAAAGCUGUCCUGAUUUGUAAGAAAAGUUAAAAAUGCAUUAGGCUAGAGAGAGUGAGCAGCAGGGAGCAUGAUUGUGUGACCUAGUGGUCAGGGCCUGGAGAGGAGAGACAUUGGUUCCAGUCCCUGCUCCAAUGAGGAUGCAUCUACACGAGAUGCUAAAUGUGCAGUAAACUAAUUAUACUGCACAUUAGCACAUCAUGGCAAAAGCCAUGAUAAUGUGCAGUAGAAUCGGUCUACUGCGCAUUAGCAUCACUAAAAGGCUGUGCACCCGUUCUACUGCUCAGAAGCACCAGUUUCUGCAAAUUGAGUUAGUACCUGUUAAUUCAGGUACUAAACUUAUUGAGCAGCAAGCAUGGCGCAUUAAUGCACAUGUAAAUAUGCCCUGAUUUAGGUUUAAGCAUAUUUUCCAAUGAAUAUUUAAUAUACAAUGCAUGAAUAUUCAUUUAUUCUGUGCUGCAUGCUCAUUGUUAAUGCCUUUUGUGGAUUUAGCCCAAAGUUACUUUAGAAAACUGGGGCUUCAUUGUCUAAGCCUCUUGGGUCUCGCAAUGCUGAGCAGCACACUGCCUAAAAAUCUAAUGCUCAUAUGACACUAAUCAGAGCUCACUGCUAGGCAUUUCUGAAAGCCCUGCUAGAUGCCUGUGUGAGACCGUGGGCAUCGGAAACUCCUUAAAAAUGUGGCCCUAUGUGACUCACUGUACCUCUAGAUAUCUACCUACCUUUAAAAAGCUGUCCCCAAAUGUCUUUUGCAUAAAGGAGAUCUGAAUAAAAAGGAAUACAAGAAAUCACUGCUGUUACUUUUCUAUCUAACAUUACAUUCCUUUUUUCAGAUGUCUCAGAUAGAUUGAAGAUCUGAAUGAGGACAAGGGUUAACCCCCACCCCCCUCCCAUAUCAUAAUCAAACAAACAAUAACACACGCAAGUGGCAUUUUACUAGAAAUAGGGGAAGUCUGGAGAGGUAAUUAAGUAAUAAGAAACACUGAAUCUAGAUAAGACUAUUUUUUGUUGCAGCCACAAGAGAACUGUAUAAUUUUAUUUGCAUACCAAUUGCUUCUAAAACACAUUUUCUUAUCUGUUAUAAUUGUAUUUACACAUAAUGAUCUCUUAAUUAAUACACAUUUAAAGGAUAUUGUUCUUCUUCUCCUCUUCCAACAAGGACAUUAAUUGUUAUUUUUUCCCCUGUUGAUUGGAGUCUGCAGUCUCUCUCAUGGUACAGAGGAGCUGUAGGAGCCACAUAAGGGAUUCUUCAGCUAGGCUGGACACACACUGAGCCUGCAAAUCUCUGGCUUUAUAGCUAGUGGGUUGAGAAACAUAUGUCACUCCUCCAUAGCACCAUGUAAGGGUCUAUCAAAAUCCCCACCUGGCUUCAGCUGUACUUUGGAGACCUUUUCCCCAUACAACACUGGCAUCCUUUGUUAAAAAACAAAAAAGCCAAACUUCUGCACUACCAACUGAAUUGAGUACACCUUUAAAAAAAUAAAAAACCCUACCCCAAGGCAGAACAUCUACAAUCCCCUGACUACUACACACAACUCCAAAUAUGCUUCACAGCUAUGCAGAAGAACUUCAGAGAAAAUUAGAAAUCGUAUACUUCACCUACUCUACUCCAAAAGAGACCAACUCAGGAAGGAAAUCACCAUAUACUACAGCAACUUAAAAGACAGCAAUCCAAUCAUCUUCCCUAACAAUAUACAAUUGAUACAAAGAGACUACGAAAAACUUUCUACAACAUUCAUCCUACAUAAAAAGAAGAAAUGGAACAAAUUAUUCCAAGAACAAGCUCCCCAGCCACAAAACAACCAUCAGAGGAACAACACCAACACCCUACAACAGUCCAACCUCAGACUUGAUAAAACUGAAAGCAGCAACCAACCCACAAAUAUUAUCAAUCUCUCCACACACACACUUACCAAAACUGAAAAAUCUGUCUUUUCUAAAGGCCUAAAUUUCUGCCCAGAAAAACACCCUAAUAAAAUACUUCAAUGUGGAGAACUAGAAGAAUUCUUCCGACACCUCCACCUCAAGGAAUAUUUUCACGACCAAACUGAACCCACUCCCAACAACAACUCAUCCUCUGACAACAUUCAGGAAAAGAUCAAUGCCAAAAAACCCCAAAGAACAUCAGAUUGGACACCUCACAGUGGACGAAACCCUAACCUUGACCGCUACAUAAACUGCUUCAGGGAAAGAAUGAACAAUGAAAUAAUCAGCAACACACACCACCAUAACAACCUCUCUCUACCAGAGAAAAAGGCCAUAGAAUCUCUAAGAUCUAACCACCAAAUAGUAAUAAAACGAGCAGAUAAAGGAGGAGCCAUAGUCAUCCUAAACUGUGAAGAUUACAUAAAGGAAGCCAACAGACAGCUCUCUGACACCACCUACUACAAAGAAGUACAAGAAGAUCCUACUCCCCUUUUCACCAAGAAACUCAACAAUACCAUCAAAUCAUUUCCAUCAAGACUACAAAAAAACCCACAGACCUUGAUCCCCCCACUACCUAACCCGGGGACUUUUUACCUGCUCCCUAAAAUCCACAAACAAGGGGACCCUGGCAGCCCUAUCAUAUCCAACCAUGGGACCCUAACUGAGGAAAUAUCAGAUUUUGUUGAAUCAAUCCUAAAACCGCUCGUCACCCACAGAGCAAGUUUUGUACAAGACACUAAAGACUUUCUACGGAAAUUUAAAAACAUAGACCACCUUCCCAGCAACACACUCCUAGCCACCACGGAUGUUCCCAGCCUAUAUACCAACAUCCCACACCAGGAUGGCAUCCAAGCCUGCCUUACAUAUCUACAGGAACAAGAUUACAACUCAGAAUACAGACCCAAAGAUAUUACUGACCUUAUACACUUCAUCCUCACACACAACAAUUUCACUUUUAAUAACCAACACUUCCUCCAGAUGAUGGGAACAGGUAUGGGCACUAAAAUGGCCCCACAAAAUGCCAACCUUUUUAUGAGCCACCUGGAAGAAGACUUCCUUAAGAACUGCACCAUCAAACCCUUGCUAUACUUAAGAUAUAUUCAUGACAUCUUCAUCAUUUGGACUGAGAACCUGCAAUCUCUGAUUGAGUUCCAUCAGAAAUUCAACAAUCGCCAUCCCUCCAUCCAGCUUUCUCUAGAAUAGUCCAGCACCAGCAUCUCCUUUUUAGACAUGAUGAUCAGUAUCCAGAAUGAUAAAAUCCAGACCACGUUAUACAAGAAACCCACAGACCAACAUACAUAUCUGCACAGAACCAGCAAUCACCCUAAACGCACCAAAAAAGCUGUGAUAUACAGCCAAGCCCUCAGAUACCACCCACCGCAUUUGCACUGAAGAGAACACCCGGGAUUGCCACCUCACCAAUCUUAAAAAGGCUUUCACCCAACAAGGACACUCAUCCAGAGACAGAGAUCGCACAUUUGAAAGAGCCACCGGGAUACCAUGUGAAGAACUGCUGCAGUACAGAAGAAAACCCCCCACAAAUGGCACACCGCUGGUUAUGACGUAUCAACCCUCCCUUGAACCUGUAUGGAAAAUCCUCAAAAAAUUGCAACCCAUACUAGAAAGAGACCCUAUUCUUAAAGAGAUCUUCCCAGAGCCACCCAUCCUACCCUUCAAACAAGCACCAAACCUCGCCAACCUCAUCACCAGAAGCAAACUUCCUCAACCCCAGAACACACCAAAAGGAUCCAGACCGUGCCAGGACAAGAAAUGCAAAACCUGCCAACACAUCUCCACCACCCCCACUAUUACUACACCCCACAACAGAGCCAUCAGCAUCCCUGCAUCUUACAGCUGCACCUCCAGAAAUGUAAUAUACCUCAUCCAGUGCACCAAACGCCCUGAUGGAAAAUACGUAGGAGAGAUCAAACAACAACUGCGCACCAGAAUGAAUGCACACCGGAAAUCUAUCAAAGACAGAAAUACCCAAUUAUUGGUGGGGGCACAUUUCUCACAGGAGGGCCACUCUCUCUCCAAUCUCUCAGUCCUGAUCCUCAAGGGAAACUUACAAAACACUUCCCAGAGACGAGCCUACAAGCUCCACUUCAUCAACCUGCUGGAUACCAAAAAUCAUGGACUAAACAUAGACAUUGGAUUUAUGACACAUUAUAACCUGCCUGACAUCUGACUCCCCAGGUCUCUCUCCACUCUCAUCCCCCUUCUCUCUCUCCCCCCCUCCCCCCCAGCCUGUCUCUCACCCAUUGACUUCUCAAUCUACAUUUUCACUGACUACCUGUCUUGUAUGCAUACCAGACCAGCCCCUGGCUAUCCAGGAAGAGCACGCACUAACUGUAGAAACUUCCUUAGCCUGACGAAGGGUUUUUGAACCCGAAAGCUUGCUCAAUAAUUGUUUUCCAACUAUUUAAGUUGGUCUAAUAAAAGAUAUCAGAUUCACCCAAAGAACCU